UUUAAUCCUCACAAGCGUUACCGGCAGCCAUUUUGUUUUAGGUGUUGACUCUCGAUGUCGUGCCUUAAAACCGGCUACGUUUAUUUUCAGAGUUGUUUGUUGUAGUUGACAAUAUUUGUCGAGUUGGUAGGAUAUCUAAAAUAAUUUUUUUGUGUGUAUUUGGAAAUAUAUUUUGAUAAGACUAAUAUAGCCAGCCUGCUAACAUAGCUAAACUGCCCGCAGCAAAAUGGCGACCAAUACGACCCAACAGACCGCGACUGCGAGCUGGCCUUAUGGGGGCAGUACUGCAACAGAUCCGCCUGUUCAUGAAAACCCUGAGUGGGAGAAAGCGAGACAGGCGCUGGCCUCCAUCAGCAAGAGCCAGAGCUCCACCAAGGCAGCUGCAAACAACCUCACCAGCACACAGGCUGGACAGUAUCAAGCAGCAGCGACUGACACUUCUGCAAUGCAGCAGCAGCAGCAACCAUACUAUCAGUGGUACCCACAGAACCAACAGCAGUAUGCAGGAUACACUUACCCCUACAAUUACUACUACCACCCUGCGGUGCCUCCGUAUGGAGGAACAUAUCCCCCUGGUCAGUAUGGCGUUCCUGGAGCUUACCAGCAACCGACAACUGCCUCCACACAGCACACUGGCAUGACUGGAUUGAAGGAGCAGACUUCUGGUUACCCAUGUGAAGUACAGCCCCCACCUCCGGAUGUCCCCCAGCCUCCGCCACAAAGUCCCACAGGCACAGAGAAGCCUCCUCCUCCACCUCCCCCUCCUAUACCACCACCACCCAACACUCAAUAUCCUCCACCGCCUUCCUUAUAUAACCCAAAUGGAGCAAUGCCUUAUAGCUCUAAUGAUGCCAGUCCUGUGAGGAAUUAUGUGUAUGGGCAGAAUAGACCGGUUUACCAGGGUUUUCAGGCUUCAUGCUACCAAACAUCGCAGCAGGGCACAGCAUCGGGCCCGUAUGGAGGAGCAGGUCGAGGGGAAAGCAGCAAGAAAACCAAUAAUGGAAAUGUGAACAAAUGCGGGCAACAGAUGUGGAACCGCAUGAAACAGGCUCCUGGAACGGGAAGUGUUAAAUUUAACAUCCAGAAACGACCAUAUGUAAUGAGCAAUCAGAGUUUUGGAGCUGGGGAGCAGGAAAAUGGAUUGUCUACCUCUACUACAACCACACCAACAACAACUGUGUCUUCGGCAACAUCUGCUACAACUGCAGGAGGUUCCCAAACUGGGCCUCAAGACUGGCCCCAGGCCAUGAAGGAAUAUGUUCAGCGUUGCUUCACCGCUUGUGAGACUGAGGAAGACAAAGACAGGACCGAAAAGGUGCUAAAGGAAAUUCUACAGAGCAGAUUACAAGAUGGUUCUGCCUUCACCAUAGACUGGACUAGAGAACCUCUUCCAGAGGUGAAACCUAGGCAGUCCCGUUGGGAGGUGGCACCUCAACGCGCUCAAGACAACACUGCUGGCCGAGGUGGGGCCACUCGAGGUAGGGGUGGUGCUCGACUGGGCAACUACAGAAAUGUGUUUUCUCAAAGAAGUCCCUCUUCCAGCUCAUCCCGCUCAUCAUCUCGUUCGCCUUCUCCUCAUAGCCGUUACAGAGAGAAAAACAGACAUCGACGCAGUGAUUCUGGCUCCCAGUCUGACAGCAGCAUGUCGAGUGACCUCCGACCUCUCUCUCGCAGACAGCGGGGCGGAAGAGGCCGUGGGGAAGAGAGGGAGAAGGGGCGAGGAGCAGGAGGAGAGAGAGGCAGGGGGAGAGGAGGAAAAGGGAAUCGAGGAAGAAGGAACGACGAUCUGACUGGUGUCUUCGGUAAAAAGCGGAAAGGUGGAUCAGCGGGUCUGGACUUCCACGACCCAAACCGUGAGGCUAAGAAGCAGAGCCGGGCUGCACGAUUCCACACCAAGCGCACUGAGCCACUGGUACUGAAUAUCAAUGCCAUUGAGCUCCCCAAUGCCUCCCAGGAGGGCCUCAGCUGGGAUGAAUGCCCAAUUGUGGGUACCUGCCAGGACAUCACCAAACACUAUCUGCGUCUGACCUGUGCUCCUGAUCCUGCUACUGUCCGACCAGUACCUGUAUUGCGCAAGUCUCUGACUGCAGUGAAGGCUCACUGGAAGGCCAAUCAGGAUUACCCGUAUGCCUGUGAACAGAUGAAGUCAAUAAGACAAGACCUCACUGUUCAAGGGAUACGAACAGAAUUCACAGUGGAGGUCUAUGAAACUCAUGCACGUAUUGCUCUGGAGAAGGGUGACCAUGAGGAGUUUAACCAGUGCCAGACACAGCUGAAGGAACUUUACAAGGACUGUCCAUCGAGCAACUUGGGAGAAUUCACCUCAUAUAGACUGCUGUACUACAUUUUCACAAAGAACUCUGGAGACUUAACCACUGAGCUGGUGUAUCUCACCCCUGAGCUGCGUCAGGAUGAUUGUGUAUCUCACGCUCUUGAACUACGUGCUGCCUGGGCGCUAGGAAACUACCAUCGUUUUUUCUUGCUAUAUAAGAGAGCCCCACGUAUGGCAGCUUACCUCAUUGACAAAUUUGUGGAUCGUGAGAGGAAGUUAGCACUGAGGGCUAUUAUCAAAGCGUUCAGGCCCUCUGUGCCGGUGGAGUAUAUACAGUCCAGUCUGGCCUUCCCUUGUUUAGAUACAUGUUUGACUUUCCUGGCGGGGCUCAGCGUUACAUUCGUUCAGUCAGAUCCUAGCAAAAUCGAUUGCAAAGCCAGCUCGGCGUGUCUCACCACUUAAAGUACAAGGGAGGGACGGGAGUAUUUAGACCCUGAUAGGAGUGACAAGGGACCAUAUAUCUGCAUAACACAGCCAGCCUAACUUUGAGAUGACGAUGUACAGCAUCGCUUACACUUAUUUAUAUUCUUAUUACUCUUAUAGAGUACGAAUGACCAUAGAUAGGGACUGUAAAUACCUACAUUUAAUGACUUGUUGUCAUGGCGACUAGCUGAUCUGUCUAUACUUGAAACCUCAGAGUAUUAACACUGGGAGGGAAGCUGCCUAUAGGACACAAAUCCACACAGAUAGACCAAAUGCAGUUAAACAUUUCUGUAGUGCAUCUUCAACCAUCAGCGCAGAGAGGCUUAGAUAGUAUCAGGAAAGAACCUCCGAAUUCCCUAGUCUCGCACAUCAUUUUAAAGCUAAUGGUGUUCUGUGUUCUCAUGUUUUUCUCCCCUCAAGCCAACAGCCUGAAAAGUCCAUAUGAAGAGAAUGUCCUGAAAACCAAAGUUGUGAAGACAAAGGCUGAGUGAAACUUCCUGUUCUUCUCAGGACAAAGACGGCCACUGCAAGCGCUACGUUCCAGAUUACAAGCUCCAAUCAUGUUCUCCCCUAAGCUGUCGGUUUUUAAUGGACUUUGCGCUGAUGAUGGAUGCCAGUCCGGUGAGAAGAUGGUUUGUAUGCCCCCAUGUGUCUUCUUCCUGUGUCUAUUGAGAGCGUGGCAGAAGAGCUUCGCUGGAGAUCAAGCAGCCUCCUGAGCUUUUCAUCUGAGAAAUUCCAGGUAUAGACUUGUAGAAAUGGAUCAGGCAGCAUGUCAAGAUGCGUAUCUAAAGAGCAAAUCUCAAUGAAAUGAGUGGCUGCAGAACGGCAAAGACUAAUUUAAAAGAGAUGCGGGUCUGCAGCAAAAUCUACAGAAUCUAGGACCACAGUAGUUCGGCAGAAGUUUUCUCAGCUUGAGUUCGUAAAGGUCUACCCCCCCAAAUCAACAGCAGAUUUUCCAUGAUGCUCAAGAUCACCUAACAGAGAGAGAAUCCAGAGCGCAUCACUUGAAGUGAGGAUGAUCAGAGCAGCGGCGAAAUCUGUAAGGCAGCAGAGGAAAAGUGGCGAAUGCAGCUGUGAUCAUCUCAGCCGAAUGACGUCGCUUUGGGAGCUUUCUUCUCCUGUCCAUGUAGGAGCUGAAAGCAUAUGGGUUUGUAUCGGGCCUGAGCGCAUAUGUAUAUGCGUGGUAAGAAGAAGGAACUUGGCUGGUUUUAGAAAGAGAAUUAUUGAUCUAGCAGCUAAUACUGUGGUGUUUUGACAAACAUGCUGUCAUAUUCACCGUAUGAUGUUUAAGGUUUCUUUACUGCUUUCUAAUAAUCAACGCAAGGUUGUAAAGAAAAGGCAAAUCUUUUUAAGCGAAAGAAAAACGAUCAGAAGGCAUCAUGAUGCAACUUUUUGUUUUCAUCGUUUUAUGACACUUGGUUGUUUGGCGAGUUUAGGGUCAAUAAAAUCUGACCUGCCGGUGGUUUUUUCCUCUUGCUGUAGCCCAUAAAUGUUGGCCCAGCUUGUUGUUUUGGAGAACAAAGCAGACUUUGGUGUAUUGAGCAGAGAUGUUUAUCGUUGGUAAAUCUUUGAGUUACCUUCAGGUGAAGCAAUCGUUCGGUGUGCGUGCGCAUGUGUGUGGAAGUGUAAAUAUUGUAGAGUCUGGGUUUUUUUUUUGCUCUGGGAUUAAAUCGGUGAAAUUUCCUGUUUGCAAUGGUAAGUGCUGAUUUUGUAAUUUGGAAAGUACCUGUAAAUGGAAGAUCUUUUUUUAAACCAAAGUUUAAAUAAUUCUAUCGUUUUGAUUUAUUCAAAUAUGUAAAUGUAUAGAGAAUAUUGAAAGGAUGAUAAAUGUUUUGUUUGGUUUGUUUGUUUGUUUUUUGGCUUUGUGGUGUUGGAUGAACUGGUCAUGGUAGUUGCUUCUGGAUGAUUACUUACAAAUGUCUUUAGUAUUGUAAGAUCUCAACCUUUUUGUUGCACCAGAAUCUUUUUAAUUCAUAUGCUGUUAUUUUAACUUCUCCACCCCCCAUUUUCUUGCUUCUACAACGUUUAAAUUACUCACUUCCAGUUUUCCUAAUGUUUUUUUUUUUUUUUUUUUUCCUGCCCCCUUCUUCUUCUCCCCAAUGCUGAUUUUUGAAGAUUUAGAACGAGAGAGCUCUUUUAGUUUAAGCACCGUUUCUACACCAGUUAACACCACUGUUACACUUCUCGGUGUGAUUCCUUGUUUGACUCUCAGCUGAAGUUGACUAUAUAGAAGAAGCACUAAUCUGGUCGUAUUAACUGGUGUGUUGAGUGUUGCUGUUUUUUUUGUUUUUUCCUCUUUAUUCUUGCUUGUGAAUCAUUUCAGUGUUUAGUGUAUGAAAGGAUUAAUUACUUGCUGCAUUACCGUUUCUGUCCACUUGUUCUGUAGAAUGUCGUAGAAUGGCAGUAACAAAUGAUCCUUGUUAAAAGCAUCUUAAUCAGUUUGAUUGUCCUGUGCAACACCUCAUUACCACCACCAACCCCCACCCUCCCCUCCGUUUCUGUCUUCCUCUCCUGCUCUAUUCUCAUUACCAGAUUUCUCUUUUGUCUUUGCAGUCAUGCAUAAUGGAAGCUAAACGAGGGAUGGCAAGCGGAAACAAAUGAGAGAGAAACGUGUUUCCAGAGUUGAACUGGACGCUGGAAAGUGGCCACACGUGACAAAUGUAUUCACUGUGCUAAACCUUAACGUGCGAUGCGUAUGCCAUUUUUCUAUAAUAACUGCAGUCUUUAAGCUUUACAUCACAAUGCGAUUUUUUUUUUUCUUUUCUUUUCUCCCCCCCCCCUUUACUGUGGUCAGUAAAUGUAUUGUCUAAAGGUAAAUUUCAAUGUUCAGAUGUGUUUUGCUCCCCUUUUUACAAUUUUCAAUUUUUUUUUAAUAUCCAGUGACUUUAUAUUGCUUUAAGCUUUGUUAGUAUCCUUAGCGUUUUUGUUUCUGGCAGCUUGUAGAGCAUCAGGCUGGGGCACAGGCCACAUCUGAACGUCGCCUUCACAGAUUUUCUCCCACACCAGGUUGUUCUCAGCUGAAUGUAAACUUUUUUCUUUAUAUAACAAUUCAUUAUGAAAAAUGAA